GGUAAAUACCCGGAAGUAGUACCCGGCGUUGCCAUGGCAGUGUAGCGGCGCCGGAAGGGGCGUGGCGGUGGUGCUGACGCUCAGUCCCGGGAUGUUCUAGCAGGAGCCUCUCAUCAUCAUGUCAGCGCUGGGGCUGCAGGAACACUUCCGCGCUAACUGCAAGACGCGGGAGUUCCCAGCGCACCUGGCUAAGGUGCACUCGGUGGCCUGGAGCUGUGACGGGCGCCGCCUGGCAUCCGGCUCUUUCGAUAAGAGCGCCUGCGUAUUCGUGCUGGAGAAAGACCGCCUGGUAAAAGAAAGUAAUUAUCGUGGGCAUGGGGAUAGUGUUGACCAACUCUGCUGGCAUCCCUCAAAUCCAGAUCUCUUUGUCACUGCAUCAGGAGACAAGACAAUCCGCAUUUGGGAUGUUAGGACUGAAAGGAGUCUUACUACUGUUACCACAAAGGGUGAAAAUAUAAAUAUCUGCUGGAGUCCAGAUGGUCAGACCAUUGCAGUAGGAAAUAAGGACGAUGUAGUCACCUUCAUAGACGUCAAAACUCAUCGCCCCAAAGCAGAAGAGCAGUUCAAGUUUGAAGUGAAUGAAAUAUCCUGGAACAAUGAUAACAAUCUGUUUUUCCUCACCAAUGGGAAUGGCUGCAUCAACAUUCUGAGCUAUCCGGAGCUGAAGCCAAUUCAGUCCAUCAAUGCGCACCCUUCAAAUUGCAUUUGCAUAAAAUUUGACCCUACCGGGAAGUAUUUUGCUACAGGCAGCGCUGAUGCACUAGUCAGUCUCUGGGAUAUAGAGGAGCUGGUGUGUGUACGUUGCUUCUCACGGCUGGACUGGCCUGUGAGAACCCUAAGCUUCAGCUAUGAUGGGAAAAUGCUAGCGUCUGCAUCUGAGGAUCAUUUUAUUGACAUUGCACACGUUGAAACAGGAGAGAAGUUGUGUGAAGUUCAGUGUGAGUCCCCCACUUUCACCGUGGCCUGGCACCCUAAGAGAUACCUUCUGGCCUUUGCUUGCGAUGAUAAGGAUGGGAAAUACGACAGUAGCCGUGAAGCCGGCACUGUCAAAUUAUUUGGUCUUCCUAAUGACCCUUGAAGGACAUUAUCUUAUGAAAUAAGUUCCAGAAAAGAUGUUAGAAAGUCUUGAACUAGUGAAUGGCAACAUCUCCAGCAUGGCAUAACUGAAUAAAUGCCAGCCUUUCAGUGAUGUGCUUUUCUUUAUAUGGUUGGCUGUGGAAGUCCAGUUGAUAUUAAUGCAUUACUGAUGAAAGUGUUUUGUAUGAAAAGUAAAAAACAAAAAAAAAUUAAUUACAUUUGGAUUAAAAUAUGCUUUAUUGUA